CAACAAACACUUCAAAUCAAAAACGUUUUAUGUCUAUACCUAGACUCAAUACUGCAUUCAUCCACAACAUAGUACUAAAGCAAAAAUAUUUAUUUUAAGAAAUGGAUAGAAUAGUGGCAAGGAAUGUAGCAGGUCCAUUGUUGUUGCUGAAUUUUCUAAUGUAUUUCAUUCUGUUGGUGUUUGCAAGUUGGUGCAUGAAUAGGUACAUCGAUGGCCGCACUGCAGAAGCAAGAACAAGUAUAGGAGGGAAUGGAGCAACGGGGCACUUCCUUACAUUUUCGGUGCUAGCAGCAGUCCUUGGAAUAGUAUCCAAACUAGUCGGCGGCAACCACCUCCGAACAUGGCGGAACGACAGCUUCGCCACCGCUUCCACCACUUCCACCGGCGCCUGGGCUGUCACCGCUCUUGCUUUCGGAUUAGCGUGCAAGGAGAUAAACGUGGGAGGCUGGCGGGGAUGGCGAUUGAGGGUGGUGGAGGCCUUGGUUAUAAUCCUCGCCUUCACGCAGUCCAUCUACGUGCUUUUACUGCACUCUGCCUUCUACCGCAGCGUCCACGAUGAUGACAUAGGUUACGGUGGCGGUGUCCCGGGAACUAGCUUUGGAGGCGACAUCCCUCGAGCUCAGCCGGUGCCCAAAGGCGGAGUCCCUGGAGCAAUGGUUUGAACUAACUUCGUAUCUGUUGUGAUGUUGAGUAUCCAUUUCGCUUCUAGACUGGUGAGAUAGAAGCUGGGAUUGUAUUUUUGUUUUUGUGUGAUAGUAUGACCUUUUCUUUAAGGAUAUCUUUAGUUUUAGCGGUUUUCCAAUGUUGAUGCACCAUUUUAUUUCACAUUAUAAGGGCAUUUAGUUGAGGGUCA